AAAAAAAAACUUCCUACCAAUGGACAACAGGAAGUGACCACCACCACCAACGGGGAGUCUCUGCUUGGAGAAAGAAGCUGCAAGACAAAGAAGAAGGAAAGAGAGGUGAAAGACCAAACUGCCCAAGGUCUUCGGUGCAUGCGAGCGUGCGUUUUCGAGAGGAGAGAACAAAAGUCAGCCGGGAAGGGGAGAAAGGAAAAGAGCGACAGAAAAGGAGACAGGACGGAGGAAGAGCUAAAGACGAGCAUGUGAAGAUCAAGGGGAAAGCGAAGAGCAGAGCAACACACACACGCACACCGAGAAGAAGAAGAGGAAAAAAAAAUCCCACGAAAGUUUCUUUUCUUCCUGGAAAGAAAUUACUCACAAGCACACAAACAUCAGAUGCCUUGUAGAUCAACCGGGGAAAGAGAGACCAAGGGAGAAGAGGAGGCAGAGUGAUGUGAAGGGGAAAAAAAAGGCAAGCCAGAAAGAAAGCAAAGAGAGCAGAAGAAAGCAGAGCAAAAAGAAACUGAGUGGGGGGAGAGAAAGAAAGAAGGAAAGGCGAAGAUCGUGACCUCCCCCAACAAGUGAACCUUGCACAUAUGUUGUAUAAAGUGUGUGCAAAACAGAGCCCUCCUGCGUGCUGUGUGUGUGUGUGUUUUGCUGCUGCUGCCGCUGCCGCCGCCGCCGCCGCUGCUGCUGCGGUCGGUGCCUCUUGCAGGAGGCGCUGCUGGUGCCGGGGAGACGCAUCAUUUGGCGGAGUGAAGCGGCUAAUUGCUGCGCCCCAUCCUUCAUUUACAUAUGCAGCCUGAGUCCGCUGGAGCCGGGCCAAUCCGCGCUCGCCCCCAGCACCAUUAAUCGCCUUUCAUUAUUCACAAUCAUAAUUACAGAGCCCCAUGCGCGGUGCGCGCAGCCGCCCCAGCCCGCAGCGCACACACCACAGCACCGCGCACACCCCGCCCGGCUAAUCCCCCACGCACGCACGCACGCACUCACUCACUCACUCUCUCUCAGUUUGGUUGGUUGUUAAGGGUUGCUUUUUUUUUUGGUUGGUUGCCUUUUCUGUUGUUGUUUGGUUUGUUUUGCAACUCGACUUUUAUUUGCGAACAGUUAUUUUCAGUCCCCCCUCCCACUCCGCUCCCAUUCCUCCCCCCCUUUCCACCUCCACGUCGCUGAUGCCUCUGCAAAAAGCAGAGCCAAGACGCCUCAGUUAGCAGCAUGUCUCGUCGAAAGCAAGCGAAACCCCAGCAUCUCAAAUCGGACGAAGAGCUGCAAGCGGAGGUAGUUUCUGAGCACGCAGUCCCAGGAGAAGGAGCAGAUGAUGGUGACAGCGGGAACGAAAGCAGGAGCGGAAGCGAAGAAACCAACGUUUGCGAAAAAUGCUGUGCAGAGUUCUUCAAGUGGACAGACUUUUUGGAGCACAAGAAGAACUGCACUAAAAACCCGCUGGUGUUGAUUGUGAACGAAGAUGAAGCAGCUCCACCCCCCGCGGAAGAGUUCCCUGAGCCGUCGCCUGCUAGCUCUCCUAGUGACCAGGCAGAGAGUGAAGCUGCUGAGGAAAGCAUCCAGCCAGAAAACAAUGAAAGCUGUGAGGUAAAAACCACAGAAAAGGAAGAAGAGCCGAUGGAGGUAGAAACUUCUGCAGAGAAAACUUUCCAGAAUCAAGGCACCUCAAACACAGCUACUCCUCUACCUCAGAUCCCUGAACCAUCUUCCCUGACUAACUAUAACAUGCCAAACACUAAUGUUACGUUAGAGACUCUGCUGAGUACGAAAGUGGCGGUUGCACAGUUUUCGCAGAACGCAAGGUCUGCCACCUCAGCAAGCAUCGGUAGUGGCGUCACCGCCAUGGCUAUCCCCAUGAUUCUGGAGCAGCUCAUGGCAUUGCAACAGCAGCAGAUUCACCAGCUCCAGUUAAUCGAACAGAUCCGCAGUCAGGUGGCGAUGAUGAACCGCCAGCCGUUACGGCCUGCUCUGAACCCGGUCGUCGCCUCCCAGGGUGCUCCCGUGCAAGCGGCGAGCCAGCUGCAAGGAUUUGUCACGAGCUCUGCAGUCCAGCUCGCCGCAGUCAUUCCUCCUGCCGUCGUGGGACAGGUGGCCAGCAGCCAGCCCUCCGCCUUCGACACCUCUCAGCACAUCUCAAGACCUACGUCUGGAGCAAGUACACCCAAUAUAUCCAGCAAUGGCUCUUCUGCCCCACCUGAAUCAAGCAUAGCCGCCUCCUCUAAUGCAAUUACAUCCGUAACUCCCGUUUCUGUGUCAAACGCUACUAACAGUGCUUCGCAGCCCCAGAAUGCUUCAACUCCACCUUCACUAGGACAUGGAAGCCUCACCUCAGUUUCCAGCCUGCCAAACCCACUUCUACCUCAGACUUCAUCAAAUAGUGUGAUCUUCCCCAAUCCACUGGUUAGCAUUGCUGCAACGGCUAAUGCAUUAGAUCCUCUGUCUGCUCUUAUGAAGCACCGCAAAGGAAAGCCUCCAAACGUGUCCGUGUUUGAACCCAAGUCAAGUUCUGAGGAUCCCUUUUUUAAACAUAAAUGUCGAUUUUGUGCCAAGGUCUUUGGAAGUGACAGCGCUUUACAAAUACACCUCCGCUCACAUACAGGGGAGAGACCUUUUAAAUGUAACAUAUGCGGAAACCGCUUUUCCACAAAGGGCAACCUGAAAGUACAUUUUCAGAGGCACAAAGAGAAAUAUCCUCAUAUUCAGAUGAACCCAUAUCCUGUUCCAGAAUACCUCGAUAAUGUGCCCACUUGCUCUGGAAUCCCAUAUGGAAUGUCACUGCCCCCAGAAAAGCCGGUCACAACAUGGUUAGAUAGCAAACCUGUUUUACCAACUGUCCCAACUUCCAUUGGGCUCCAGUUGCCUCCCACUAUACCUGGCGUGAACAGUUACGGAGAUUCUCCAAGUAUUACUCCUAUGAGCAGGUCACCCCAGAGGCCUUCUCCUGCCUCCAGCGAAUGCACUUCUUUAUCCCCGAGCCUAAACAAUUCUGAAGCGGGCAUUCCAGUGUCUGCCGAAUCCCCGCAGCCGGUUCAGAGUGGCUCCUCUCUGACUAAAGCAGAACCUGUCAGUCUCCCUCCCACAAACACGCGGCUCGGAGACCUUACUGUGGGUGGGCAAGUUUCCACAGCUUCCACGUCUUCAAUUCCUACUGCUGUUACGGACAGCAGCAUUUCAACAAGCCUCCCAAACCCUGUGCUUCCAGCAAUGUCUGACCAGUUUAAGGCAAAGUUUCCAUUCGGUGGUCUCCUAGACUCUAUGCAAACAUCAGAAACCUCAAAAUUACAACAGCUAGUAGAGAACAUUGAUAAGAAGAUGACAGAUCCAAAUCAGUGCGUCAUUUGUCACCGUGUGCUUAGUUGUCAGAGUGCUCUCAAGAUGCAUUACAGAACGCAUACAGGAGAAAGACCAUUUAAAUGCAAAAUUUGUGGACGUGCCUUUACUACAAAAGGCAAUCUGAAAACGCAUUUUGGAGUUCAUCGAGCGAAGCCACCACUUAGGGUACAGCAUUCGUGUCCCAUUUGUCAGAAGAAAUUUACAAAUGCCGUUGUUCUUCAGCAGCAUAUUCGUAUGCAUAUGGGUGGGCAGAUUCCAAACACGCCGCUACCAGAGGGCUUCCAAGAUGCCAUGGAUUCAGAGCUUUCCUACGAUGAGAAGAACGUCGACACGCUGAGCAACUUUGAUGAUGAUAUUGAUGAAAAUUCUAUGGAAGAGGACCCAGAGUUAAAGGACACAGCAAGUGACUCAUCCAAACCCCUUAUUUCUUACUCUGGGUCAUGUCCUUCUUCACCGCCUUCUGUGAUCUCUAGUAUUGCUGCUUUGGAGAAUCAAAUGAAAAUGAUUGAUUCCGUCAUGAACUGUCAGCAGCUGACCAGUUUAAAAUCCAUAGAGAAUGGAUCAGGGGAAAGUGACCAUUUGAGCAAUGACUCCUCAUCGGCUGUCGGUGAUCUUGAAAGCCAGAGUGCAGGCAGCCCUGCAAUGUCAGAAUCUUCCUCCUCCAUGCAAGCUUUGUCUCCUGUAAAUAGCAAUAGUGAAAGUUUUCGAUCAAAAUCCCCGGGUCUUAGCAACCAGGAAGAACCGCAAGAAAUACAAUUAAAGACAGAAAAACCGGACAGUCCACCACCCGCAACUGAAAAUGGAGGCGCAUUAGAUUUGACAUCCACCAACCCGGGAAGACCGGUCAUCAAAGAGGAGGCUCCUUUUAGCCUGCUGUUCCUGAACAGAGAACGUGGUAAGUUUAAAAGUACUGUUUGUAAUAUCUGUGGCAAGCCUUUUGCUUGUAAGAGUGCAUUGGAAAUUCACUACCGCAGCCAUACUAAAGAACGUCCAUUUGUUUGUACAGUCUGCAAUCGUGGGUGUUCCACUAUGGGUAAUUUAAAACAGCACUUACUGACGCACAAAUUGAAAGAGCUGCCUUCUCAGUUAUUUGAACCCAACUUUACUCUAGGUCCCAGCCAAAGUACUCCUAGCCUGGUCACCAGUACAGCGCCUACCAUGAUCAAAAUGGAAGUGAAUGGUCACAGCAAGCCGAUCUCUUUGGGUGAGGUUCCCUCGCUUCCAGCUGGAAUCCAGGUUCCUGCUGCACCACAGACAGUGAUGAGUCCGGGAAUCACCCCCAUGUUGGCACCCCCCCCACGCCGGACUCCCAAGCAGCACAACUGCCAGUCGUGCGGGAAGACCUUCUCCUCAGCAAGUGCACUGCAGAUACAUGAACGCACCCAUACUGGUGAAAAACCAUUUGGUUGCACAAUCUGUGGUAGAGCUUUUACCACAAAGGGGAAUCUUAAGGUUCACAUGGGAACUCAUAUGUGGAAUAACGCCCCUGCAAGACGUGGUCGCCGGCUCUCUGUGGAAAACCCCAUGGCUUUGCUAGGUGGCGAUGCUCUGAAGUUCUCCGAAAUGUUCCAGAAGGAUUUGGCAGCUCGGGCCAUGAAUGUUGACCCCAAUUUUUGGAACCAAUAUGCUGCAGCUAUCACUAAUGGACUUGCUAUGAAGAACAAUGAGAUUUCUGUCAUACAGAACGGAGGCAUUCCCCAGCUCCCAGUAAGUUUAGGCGGAGGUGCCAUCCCGCCUUUAAGUAACAUUACCAGUGGCAUGGACAAAGCUCGCACUGGCAGCAGCCCUCCCAUUGUUGGUUUGGACAAAGCAAGUUCUGAAACUGGAGCCAGUCGUCCAUUCACCAGAUUUAUUGAGGAUAAUAAAGAGAUUGGCAUAAAUUAAAGGCAUUCAUUACGCCUAACUGUUGGACCACUACUCAACACAACAUUUGUUCUGUUUCAUGUACAGCUGUUAAAGCUAAGCAUUAGUUUCCCGACCUAAAUGCAUAGGUUCCCUUUAAAAUUUUACCCAUAGCAGAAAUACAUAACUUUGUGGCUGCUGAAAAGUUGUCUUGCAAGAUCUGCAUGGUACUUCUUUCAACAGUGAGUUUGACUGUUACCGAGAACUUUGAAACCUUUUAAUUUAACAGAAACAAAACGUCAUUGGAUAACUUCAUUAGACACAAAAAGAGGCUAGACUACGUCCACUUUGCUUCUUACAAAACUUACUCUCAACUGAGAAAGGGGGGCUUCAUUAUGGCAUUCUGUCACACUUAUUUGCUGGUUUUGUUCAAAUUAGUUAGCAACUUGGACUAUGUUUUUAGGAAUCUUAAUCUUAAAUAAGUGAUUUAGUACCCCAAUGCUGUGUAUUAUUACAGUAUCCUUGUCUGUAGUAUUUAUAAUGUUAAGAUUAUGCGGGUAACAGACAAUAUACUAGCCCCAAACUUAAAUGAAGCUUUUGUACUGCAAAAUACAUCUGGCUAUGUGAUUUUUCUUUUUUUCUUUUUCUUUUUUUUUUUUUUUAAACAAGUUUUGUUUUACUAUCAGUAAGUGGUUUAUUUCCAUACCGGCAAAAUUGUGAAGUUUUAUUGGGAAAGAUAGCAUGCUUUUCAUGUGCAAGUACCUGUCAGUAACAAACUUUUUUUUAUUUAAGUAUUUGUAGCUGCUAUGUGGACAGUUGUUCUAUUAAAUGAAAAAAAAAAAUGUAGUGUGGACUUUAGCUCAAUGAUUGGAAAACAAGUUACAGACAAACCUUAGAACUAUAAAUUAUUCACAACAUUAUAAACAGUUGUGAGUAAAUACUUCAUGUUAUCAAAGCUGUACAAUAAAAAGGUAAUGUUUGUAUAAUGUGGUUGCAAACUCUUAAUUUAUACUAUUGCACUUUUAGUAUUUUGUAUUAGGGAGGUUUGUCUAUAAUUUGCAACUGAACAAAGAUGUAAACUAUUUUAUAAAUAGUACUUUGACUUAAAGAAUAUGGGGGAAAACCCUGCUACAGUUUCUCGUUUUGUUUUAAGGUCAAGCAAUGAGAGAUCUCUAUUAACUAAGCAGAAAAGCCACAGAAAAGUGUCAGAUCCGUAGGAAAAAGGGGGCCUGCCGUUUCUUAAACUGAAAGGAUUCAUUUAAUUUUUCUACAAAGCCUAUUUAAAAGCGUGACCACCCCCAACAGAAUUCUGAUAAAUUUAUCUGAGGAGUGCGAUAUUAAUACAAGCCUAGGAUAGACUAAGGAGAAUAUUGCGUAGGAUUAAUUUUACUGUAAUUUGUUCUCUCUCUUUCACACACACUCACAAGAAAGAUGCUGACUGCCUAAUAACGCUGCGAACAACAUAGGAAGUCUCGGGCAGCAUGAGCAGUAGGAACGUAGAAAUAUCCUGUAUUUAUUCCCAACUCUUGCUGAUUGUCUUCUCAGAUUACUCCAAAGCACAAUGUACUCUGAUUACUCUAAUAUAAUUUUAUGUUGAUUGCGUUGUUUAAAUUACAGCGAGUAAAUAAAGGGAAUGGUUCCACUCAGAAGCUAGGCUGGGGAUGCUGAGGAGGCUGGGGCUUAAUCAAAACUUGAACAGUAAACAUUCUGUGUACUACCUCAUUUUUGUGCAUUACAAGCAUGGUGGAGUCUGACACUAUGAAUUUCCGUCCAGCCGGAUUGUUUGAGGGACGUUGUGGGUAGCUGGGUAACAGCACAAGGAGUUUUAUGCCCCCGAAGAAAGAAUCAGACUGUGAGGUCUUCUCAGUUGAGACUGAAAAAUAGGACAAUCUUUCUUAUCCAACAAAAACCAUUACUGUAAGAGGAUGGACUAUUUCUGCCAUCGUGUAAUUGAGUGAAAAGAGUUUCAAAGACUUACUAGCUGUUUAUUUCUGUUGGAAAUGAACAAUGAACUAUACAGCUCUGUUUUCUACAGUGGUGAGAUAGAGAUAUAUAGAUAUAUACGUCUAUAUAGAAACAAAAUUAUAUAUCUGCAACACCUCUACAAUGUAACAUCUUUUUACCACGCUAUGUGGGUGGUUAGGGGUGUUUCCAAGCAUUGGAAAAAAAGAAAACUGAGGUGGCUUAAUGUUGCUGUAUUUCAGCAAUUGAAUGUUUUUAUUUAUCUGUGUCAUUUUUGGUGUGACUUUUUUUUUUUGUUAGUAUUUGGUACCAUGUAGUGUUAUCUCUACUCCCUAAAGGAUGUGUAUAACUUAAAGGGAAAAAAAAGGAAAAGAAAAA